GAGCCUCCGUGGCUCCUGCAAAAGGGGGCGGGGAGCGCGGCGAGCGGCCCGAGUCUGCGGCUUCCUCCCCACGCCCGACCCUCCGCGCAGCUCCCAGAGGACGCGCGCCCGAGCCCGGUCCCUACGCCGCAGCGCGCCCGGGCCCCCGGCCCAGGCCAGAACAAUCGACCAUGACAACUGAAUCGGGAUCAGACUUGGAAUCCAAGCCGGAGCAGGAGGCCGAGCCCCAGGAGGCGGUGGGACCAGAGGGUCACGUGGGGGCACAGCUGGGGGCGCAGCCAGGAGCCGAGCCGGGCACUGAGGAGCAGCCCCGGGCACUGGAGCAGUUCGAGGAGGCGGCAGCGCACAGCACGCCCGUGAGGAAGGAGGUCACUGACAAGGACCCGGAGUUUGCCGCCGGGCCUUCCAAACAGCCCGAAUAUCAGCAGUUCGAAGACGAUAAACUUUCUCAGAAAUCAUCUAGCAGCAAACUAUCUCGAUCUCCAUUAAAGAUUGUCAAAAAGCCUAAAAGCAUGCAGUGCAAAGUGAUACUUCUGGAUGGAUCAGAAUAUACCUGCGAUGUAGAGAAACGCUCCAGAGGCCAAGUGCUGUUUGAUAAAGUAUGUGAACAUCUGAAUUUGCUAGAAAAAGACUAUUUUGGGCUUACAUAUCAAGAUGCUGAAAACCAGAAGAAUUGGUUGGACCCUGCUAAGGAAAUUAAAAAACAGAUUCGAAGUGGUGCUUGGCACUUUUCAUUUAAUGUGAAAUUUUACCCACCAGACCCUGCCCAGCUGUCUGAAGAUAUCACCAGGUACUACCUCUGCUUACAGCUGCGCGAUGACAUCGUGUCUGGCAGGCUGCCCUGCUCCUUUGUCACCCUUGCCACGUUGGGCUCGUACACCGUCCAGUCAGAACUGGGAGACUACGACCCAGAUGAGUGUGGCAGUGACUACAUCAGCGAGUUCCGCUUCGCGCCAAACCACACAAAAGAACUAGAAGACAAAGUCAUCGAGCUGCACAAGAGCCACAGAGGAAUGACGCCCGCAGAAGCAGAGAUGUAUUUCUUGGAAAAUGCCAAAAAGCUCUCCAUGUAUGGGGUGGAUUUACAUCAUGCCAAGGAUUCUGAAGGAGUUGAAAUCAUGUUAGGAGUGUGUGCAAGUGGUUUGUUGAUAUAUCGUGACCGACUACGCAUCAACAGGUUUGCCUGGCCAAAGGUUCUAAAGAUUUCGUACAAACGGAACAACUUUUACAUUAAGAUCCGGCCGGGAGAGUUUGAACAAUUUGAAAGCACCAUCGGGUUUAAGCUGCCCAACCAUAGAGCGGCCAAGCGUUUAUGGAAAGUGUGUGUAGAACACCAUACAUUUUUCAGACUGUUGUUACCAGAAGCACCUCCAAAGAAGUUCCUUACCUUGGGUUCCAAGUUUCGUUACAGUGGCAGGACACAAGCCCAAACCAGGAGAGCUAGUGCAUUGAUAGACCGCCCAGCCCCUUACUUCGAACGUUCGUCCAGCAAACGUUAUACCAUGUCUCGCAGCUUGGAUGGAGCAUCAGUGAAUGAAAACCAUGAAAUAUACAUGAAGGAUUCUGUGUCUGCUGCAGAGGUUGGUACUGGCCAGUACAUAACAACAAAGGGCAUCUCUCAGACCAACUUGAUCACCACUGUGACUCCGGAGAAAAAGGCAGAGGAGGAGCGGGACGAGGAAGAGGACAGACGGCAAAAGGCCGAGGAAGCCACACCAGUUGCUGCCGUACGGCCCGAGGGAAAGACCGACAGUGAGCGCACGGACACCGCGGCUGAUGGGGAAACCACCGCCACUGAGGAGCUAGAUAAAACCCAAGAUGACCUGAUGAAACAUCAGACCAAUAUUAGUGAGCUGAAAAGAACCUUUUUAGAAACCUCCACGGACACUGCCAUCACGAACGAAUGGGAAAAGAGGCUUUCCACCUCCCCUGUGCGACUAGCCGCCCGGCAAGAGGAGGCACCCAUGAUCGAGCCGCUGGUACCUGAAGAGCCGAGUGUGAUAAAGAAAAUUCAGGAAGGAGGCUCUGUGGUUACCUCUCGUCAAAUCAUUUUCCAGAAAACUGUCCCAUCGACCCUAGAGACUAAACAGUCUUCUGGAGAAAAGCUCAUGGAUGGCUCUGAAAUCUUCAGCUUAUUAGAGUCUGCGAGAAAACCGACAGAAUUCAUAGGAGGGGUUACUUCCACUUCUCAAAGCUGGGUGCAGGAAACGGAAACCAAGACGGAGUCUGGCAAAAUAGAGAUGGAAACAACCCAGCGCCCCCAGCCACUUAGCACCGAGAAGGUUGUGCAGGAAACGGCAUUGGUGGAGGAAAGACAUGUGAUGAAUGUGCAUGCGAGUGGGGAUGCUUCUUACGCAGCUGGAGAUGACAUGGAUGCUGUGACCCAGGCAGCAUCUGCUGAUGCUUCUGAUGUGACAGGGAAGGAGAUCUCUGCUCUGACUGAGGGAGCAAAGGAGGAAAAAGGGGAGGUGGCUGACAAAGCUGUCCUCGAGCCGGGAGAGAUGGCAGCUGCUUCCGAAGAGCCAGAGGAGGAGCAGAGUGCAGCCAUCCACGUUUCUGAAGCUUCGGAACAAAAACCUCAUUUUGAGUCAUCAACUGUGAAGACAGAAACCAUCAGCUUUGACAGUGUUUCACCAGGAGGAGUAAAGCUAGAAAUUUCUACCAAGGAAGUGCCUGUAGUUCACACAGAAACAAAAACCAUAACAUAUGAAUCAUCACAGGUCGAUCUUGGUGCUGAUUUGGAGCCAGGUGUGCUCAUGAGCGCACAGACGAUCACAUCUGAAACCACUAGCACCACGACCACCACCCACAUCACCAAAACUGUGAAAGGAGGCAUUUCAGAGACGAGAAUCGAGAAGCGAAUCGUCAUCACGGGAGACGCGGACAUUGACCAUGACCAGGCACUGGCUCAGGCAAUUAAAGAGGCCAGAGAGCAGCACCCUGACAUGUCAGUGACCAAAGUAGUGGUCCAUAAAGAGACAGAGAUCACCCCUGAAGAUGGAGAGGACUGAGCCCAGGAAUAACCUAGGCUGCACCUGAAGCCAGUCAUGCAAACCAUUAUGAAAAACCAGAGUCUAUAUGGAGUUUCCUCUUCUAACCCACUGAUUUGUAUCUGCCCAUGGACAAUUUCAAUCCAGAAGAACUGACCUUGACCAUUUAAUAAAGACACUGGCAGAGAUCUUCCCAUAAUAAAGCAAUCUGAGUCAGCAUCACUAAACUGAUAAUGCAUGAAGCAACGAUACAAUUACAAAACAAGCAGCAUUUUUACGUUUCACACAGUGUCUAAGUUCUCAGCUACACCUGCACGUUCAUAACCAACAAUAGAAACCGUGAUCUCAUGUAACACAUAAAAUAAUCCAUGCCUUUCAUAGCUGAUUAUUAUUAAAGUCUAAACAAAAUUGCAGUUUCUUAGGUGACAGAUCUUUUGUUUACAGAUCAACAAAGAUUACCCUAAACUGCUAGAGGCUGUCUAGUCCAGUGUGUCAGGUUUUUCCCAUAUUAGAUGUGCCAAUAACCGAGUUUAUUCAGUAAACAACUUGAAUCUUGCACUUGUCUCCUCUGGUUUAUUACUCUCACCUGUCAGCAGUAACGACUCUCCGAUCCUCUGGAAAUAUUUAAUGCUCACAAUCCUGCUUUGUGUAAUCUAAUUUAACCGUUAUAAAGUAGUACUGACUUUAGCAUAUUAAUGUGAUUUCUUCCCCGUCAUCCGCUUUGGUCUGUGUUCAGUCUGGAAAGCUUCCCAGAGUUCCCUAACAAGUCCUAAAUAUGUAAAUUGUCAUUAUUUUGGAAAGAAAACCUGUAUUUUUGUUAGUUCACCGUAUGAUGAUGAAAUUUCACUCCAGGAAAACCCGUUGGGCUUCUGUUGCUUUGUUUUCUUUCUUCAUUUCUUCGUCCUUGUAUUUUUUUAAUGGAUUUUUCUUCUUUUACUUGAAAAAAAGUGUUUUAUUUCCAAAUCUGGUCCAUAUUUGCAGUCUAGUUCAGAGCCAAGCCUUAAACUGUACAGAAUUUCCACUGUAAUAAAACUAUUUAGUGUUUAGUUAUAAAUAGCCUUCAAAAAGUUAUAUUCUCCAUUUCACUGUCAACCGCAUCGCACAGCCAUGGUGAAUGUAUGUUUCCGCAUAGC